GCUGCCGCUGGAUCUGGAUGCGGGCAUCCUUGGAUUCUGCUCCGCUUAGCACGGGCCCAUUGCACGGACAACUUAAAGGGACAACAAUGGUGCUCGCCUCGGCGGCUGAACCCGUGGCUGCUGGUCGUUUAGUGGACCGGGGAUUGUGGUCAAUGUGACAUUCACUUGCACGCUGGUGUUGAGUUUAUUGUUCUGGUACUAGACGCAGCAGAGCAGCGUUUCUCUGAGAAGAUGUUGAGCAGAUUUAAGAGUGGCAGCAUCAGGAAUCUUGAGCGGGAAUACAGCUGCACCGUCAGACUGCUGGACGAUACGGAAUAUACGUGCACCAUUCAGCGGGAUGCAAAGGGACAAUAUCUGUUUGACCUCAUCUGCCAUCACCUCAAUCUCCUGGAGAAAGACUAUUUUGGCAUCAGAUAUGUUGAUCCAGACAAACAACGGCACUGGUUGGAAUUCACAAAAUCAAUUGCAAAGCAAAUGAAAUCUCAGCCUCCAUUCACCAUGUGUCUGAGAGUCAAGUUCUACCCUCCAGAGCCCGCUGCUCUUAAAGAGGAAAUCACUCGAUAUCUUGUCUUCCUUCAAAUCAAGAGAGACCUCUACCACGGUCGGCUCCUGUGCAAAACGUCGGACGCGGCCAUGCUUGCUGCCCACAUCCUUCAAGCUGAGAUUGGUGAUUACGACCCUGGGAAGCAUCCUGAAGGCUACAGCUCCAAAUUCCAGUUCUUCCCUAAACAUUCAGAGAAGCUUGAACGCCGAAUUGCAGACUUACACAAGACAGAGCUGAUUGGACAGACACCUGAAACAUCAGAGAGAAAUUUCCUACAGAAAGCCCAGAUGCUGGAGACAUAUGGUGUUGAUCCGCAUCCAUGCAAGGAUGUGUCUGGGAACCCAGCCUUCCUUGCUUUCACACCAUUUGGUUUUGUGGUGCUUCAGGGAAACAAGAGAGUUCAUUUUCUCAAAUGGAACGACGUGACCAAAUUGAAGUUUGAAGGCAAGACUUUCCAUGUAUAUGCAAAUCAGAAGGAGAUCAUCUUGACUUACUUUGCACCCACGCCGGAGGCAUGCAAGCACCUUUGGAAGUGUGGAGUGGAGAACCAAGCUUUCUAUAAACUUGAGAAGUCAAGUCAGGUUCGCACCGUGUCCAGCAGCAACCUGUUCUUCAAGGGCAGCCGUUUCCGCUACAGUGGACGAGUGGCAAAAGAGGUGAUGGAGUCGAGUGCCAAAAUCAAACGCGAACCUCCAGAAAUACACAGGGCUGGCCUUGUGCCUAGCAGAAGUUGCCCGUCCAUCACCCACGGGCCUCGGCUCAGCAGUGUACCUCGCACGCGUCGACGAGCAGUGCACAUAUCUAUCAUGGAAGGUCUGGAAUCAUUGCGUGACAGUGCCCACUCCACACCGGUGCGUUCAGUGUCCCAUGGGGAAUCGUUCAUACCACGCUCCCGGAGCCAGGCCACAGACAGCAGUGAGGGCACCGCCGUGAUCUCAGAUGAGACCUACAGCCCUUCUGACAGCGUGCUGCCAACCCCGGUGGCUGAGCAUAGCAUGGAGCUUGCUGUGUCUCGGCAGAUCAACGGGGCACCCUGCAGCAUCGAGGAGGAGAAGGAGUCGGAGGCAGGCACCCCCAUGCAUGGGGAGGGGGGUGAUUUUGGUGCGGACAGUAGAUCUGCACAGGAGGGUGCAGGGGGGGACUUGGCCCUCAGCGAGGUGGAACAGGUGAAUAAAUUUGUCUUAAGUGUCCUCCGUUUGCUCCUUGUGACCAUUGGACUCCUCUUUGUCUUGCUCCUCCUCCUCAUCAUCCUCACAGAGUCAGACCUUGACAUUGCAUUUUUACGUGAUAUCCGCCAGACCCCUGAGUUUGAGCAGUUCCAUUACGAAUACUUUUGUCCCCUCAGGCGGUGGUUUGCCUGCAAGCUCCGCUGGGUGGGCGGGUUGCUCAUUAACAAGUGAGAGUGAGGUCGUAGAGUUCGUAAGCCCGUUCGGGGGUCUGGGAAGACGGUUAGGACUCCGCAGUGAUGGAGGGCGGCUUCGUCCCACCCAUGAACCCUGCUUCUCCCAUCAUCCUCCUCUGCAGACACACAAAGUGGACCACUCCUGGUAACACCGGGCCAGGAUCUCUCUCCCCCUCCUCCACUUUGAGUUAACCCCCCACCCAACCAUCCACCUCCUCUUUUUUUGUUUUGUUUUUCUUUUUUUUGUGUUUUUUUUGUUUUUGUUUUUUACAAAGCCACAAGACAAUUUUUGCAUUUUUUAAUUUUGAGCCAUUUCAGGUAUUUUAUUUUUUCAAAUAACACAAAGUGAAAAAAAAAGAAAAGAAAUCAAAGAACUGAAGAAUUUAAAAAGGAACUUACAGGAACGGAAGAUUUUGUUGCAGCAGAUGUUGCCUCUGUUUCCUAUUUAUUUCUUUUGACUUGUUUUUGCAUAAGAGAAGGAAGAAAGUAGCCGAGGAAGUUGAAGUGUUACUGAAAUGAAGAUGAAAGUUAGUUAUGUUAGGAUGGAUCGUCGCACUGCUGCCAUGUCUAUGUGAGGCAAAAUAACGUCUUUGGGCAUGAUUCAUCCCCAUCAGAAUUUAAACACACAAGCAGCAGGUUGACCUCAUGAUGACAACCUGAACUAUCUAAAGGGAAUGAACGUGAAGGUUCAUGAUAGAGAAGCAGAUAGGGGAUUAUCAAAUACCUUUCUUUGAGAAAUGUUGGCAAUAUUGAAUUUUGUGGAUUGUUAAAAUACAGUUGCACAUAGAACCAAGUGUACCAAGUAAAGUGAUGAAGAUUAAAAUUGGUCUUUUCUUGCAUUUUAUAAGCGUACAGAAAAUAAUUCAGUGCUGAUUGUGAUAUGUGCCCCAGUAGUGUGAGAGAAAACUUCAUGACAAACACACUGGCACCUUUAGAUGGUAGACUAGAUCGAUGUGCAAUGCUGUUUUACUUUCAAUAAUGAAGCACUUUUGAAUGUGCUUAGUUGUUACGUUCUCAUUUUUUCUCCAAGGUUUAAUUUACAUUUUUCAUGAAGUUGAAAUUCGCUGAAUUUCAAUUCUUUCUUUCUAUAAAGAAUCUAUAAUUUGUUUUGAUUUCAUAUCCACCUUGCUGAUCAGUUUAUGUAUCAUACUAUAUAAUUAUUAGUAGAAUAAGAAUGCUGAUGUACUUUUGUACAAAUUAGUUUGUUUCCUAAUAUAUAUUGACAUGUUUUCAUGUAUAUUUUAACAGAACUGAAAUGUUAUUUUGUUAUUGAAGAUUAAAUUAUACCUUUUUUAGCGCUGUGUUUCAAGUAAGGUCAGAAGCAUUUAUGGAAAUGUGGAAGAGGGGACUGAAAAACAGGGUUUUUAUCCAGAUCCACUCAACGCUGACCACACCUCGCAUUACUCCACCAGCAGUGAAGUCAUCUUCAGUACAUAAAACCAUUUUAAUAAUAAUUCAUACAUCAAACACUAAAAUAUAAAAAAACACAUAGUCAUUAUUCAGAAAACUGUACCUUUUUGAACUUGAAGAAUUUGGAGAGGUGACUAUGAGCCUGACCAGGACUGGAUCUGCACUCAGAUCUGCACUUUUAUUUCGGAUCCAAACCUGCCAUCAUACUUAAAUUUAUGCAAAAUAUUUACAACCAGUGCACAGCAUAAGUGUAUAAUUUGAUUGAAAUUUAAUUAGCUGCUAUUUUGAUAAACACAUGGACAACAUAUUAAAAACAAACUUAAAGGAAAUUAGCUCUCCAGUGUAAGAGCUUGUAAAAAAAGCUGUAUAAAUGUAAAUACAGUUAGACUUAAUGGCCUCUAAAAAUAAUUGCAGAUUUAUCUAUACUUAAACUCUUUUUUAACUGGGUCUGGAAAUUACCUUUUUUUUGGUAUUUUUGUUUAAGUUCUGAGAAGCAGCAUGCAUUACUUUCAAUAUUUUCUUCUUUUUCUUUUUCUUAUUCAAUUUUAAUCAGCCAAAAUGAAAGCCAAUGCAAAUGGUUCAAUAAUAAGCCAAUAUUUGGCCCUUAUAUUAGAUGGUCAGGCUCUAGACUCUUCUGCCUCACAGCUCUAGGGAGCAAUAAGUAUCAUGGCUGCUGGAUUCUGGGUAAAAUCUUUCUUUGUGUGUUGCGUUUCUCCUGUACCUAGUGCAGGUUUAAGUGUUUGAGUAUCUGUAUACAGGAAUGGAAGCAUGAUUGGAGAUGUAAACAUCAGAGGUUCAUUCAUUUAAACUUUUGCAAAAAGGAGAGACGGACUUAAAGUGAAGGAAGGCACAAUCAGCAAGAAGAAGCAAUGACUGAUAUCAGAGGCCAUAAGAGGAAGUUUUUCUUGAAAUUUGUAUUUGGGAAUGGGAGCCUUUGUAUCUCAUUUACUAGCUGUACAGGGUUGCUUGUUUUUUUGCCUGCUAAUUAAAACACCACACUUUUAAAACCAGCACCUGCGGCUGCUCCACUUAAAGCCAGAUGGUGCUACCUUCUUUGUUUGCUCCUGUGCAAUCGGAGCAUGUCGGUUCUUGGCUAAAUCGUAGUCCUGACCACAGAGUAGCAUGCACUAGUGUGUUGUGGCUGGAUCCACUCCUGUAGCUCAUUAUCUCUAACAAACCACAGAGAAGGAGGCAGCACAAGACUCAAGAGAAUAUCAAAUCAUUAGAGCUAAGAUGGCAAGAAACGUGUCAAACACAUGGUGUAGGAGCCUAUUUAUUACGUUAUGUAGAUGUUCUUCUCAUGACUCUGAUACAUCCAGUUAUAUGCAGGUGUAAAGACAAAGCACAUUUCCUCUAACAGGGACUGAAACAAGAAGGGUGAGCUGACAUUUUUCUGUAUAUCCAUACUUUUCGUUUAUUACUUCUUUAUUGAUAAAAGUCAGACCUUUUUUAAGACUUUCAAAGGUGUUCAUUCAUACAUUGAUCAGCAUUAUGUAGCUUCAGUGGUCUCUCUGAACAUGCAACAAUAACAAAAAAAAAGGAGAAAAGGCAGCAUUAUUCAAUAAGCAAUAAUCAGUUGUUAGAGCAAAAUGAUGUGGUUUACAAUCUUGUCGAUGAAAUCCAAGAAUGAAGUCAAACAUGUUGUUAAAUGUCCCUAAAGAGACUCAAUAAAUUGCUGUUGUGCUGACUCUACAGUGAUGUGACCACUGAGACCCUUGCAUACCUUGGCAUUCAGUGUUUGUCUGAAAAACAAAUAAUUUUUUUUUCAUCAUAAACCUCUUGUGUGGAUGUUUGUUCUGAUGUUUUGUUAUUAAAGUGAUGUGCCUGGAUCCUAAACCUGCAGUCUACCAAAGUGGCAGAGAUCAAGGAAUGGAUUAAAAAGAAAACUUCCCUCAAAACUUUACAAGACUUCUUCAUCCUUUAACACGAGAAGGGAAACUAUCCAACAGUCAGAAACUGUUAUGCACAUCUGGCAAGCAGAAAUCUGUCUUAAAUUGUUUUUGCAGGCAUGUUUCUAUUACACUUUCUUUUGCUGUCAUUUUUACCUCUUUUAUAGUUGUUUUACCCAAUAGGAGAUGGUAACAGUCCAUGGUUUAGAAAGUCACACACAGCUCUGCCAUCCCAAGACAGCAGCAGUAAAGGUGAGGCCAUGCAGGUACAAAGUGGUGCAUUAUAUAUGAUUCUUGUGUUUCAGUUGAAGUUUGCCCGAGGGGUAGGCUCAGUAACAGAAACAUCGAUAUUGUACAUGCACUUAUAAUAAACUAAUAUUUGGAAAACUUAUUUUUACUAAUGUGGCGCCAAAGACAUGUUAAAGGUCAUUUCUGAUGUUAUUUUGAUGUGGACUGGGCUUUACUGUGAGGUUAUGUUAAUUUGUCUUCUCCCUGUGUUUUACAUACUUUGAGCAAUCAUCAGAGAUACUGUCAUAACAAUUCAAAAAUCAAAGUGUAUGACACGAGAACUUGAGUUUUAACAGACUGUCAUGGGCUGUCUUUCAAAUAUAAUUUUAAGGGACUUUUGACUUUUGUGAUUAGAAUAUCAAAAGUUCAUGAAUGAAAUUAAAUGAUUGGCUUCUUAAAUUGUGGCUUAAAUCCCUGACUGAUUAACGAGGGUGAUGCAUAGAGAACUAAGGGGUUGACAGAUGAAAAGAUGUGACAGAAGACAUCUUAAAAUGUGUUUCCCCCCUCUGCUAGCUCCCAUUGAGACAGUCCCUCACAAGACCGUGCAUACACGUUAAUAAGUGUAUUAGCAUAUCCACGUCUGGUGGUGUGUUAUGUAGUCUUCAUUGUUCUAUCCUAGGACUGAAGAUUGCUCUUUGAUUACAUUAUAUAUACAAGUAUUUGAAUAUAUAUAUAAAUUCAUGUGCCAAAUCCAGGUCUUGUUCAGUCUGAUCCAUUCCAAACCCAUGUUUGUACUGUAGGAAACCUUCUGUACAAGUCAGUAUAAAAUACUGUUUCCCUCCAGUAGUCCCUUGUAACUGGUGCCAUUAAAUGAUGCUAU